AUGUCCCUGGACCUGUUGCUUAUUAUAAAAGGAUAUGUUUCAAAAAUGUUAAGUGAAGCAGCAGUCGGCAUGAAAGCCUUAAUACUUGACGACUUCACGAUUAAUGUGGUUGGUGCUGCCUUCAGCCACACGGAGUUGCUGAAAAGAGAGGUUUUCCUUGUAGAGAAAAUAAACUCUACAUCUGAAAGUGCAAUGCAUCACCUGAAGGCGGUUUUCUUUGUGAGACCCUCACGAGAAAAUGUCACUCUUCUCUGCGACAUCUUGAAAGCCGAUCCUUAUGGUGAUUACUAUCUCUACUUUUCAAACUUGUUGAGAGAGACUGAUAUGCAAACUUUGGCCGAGGCUGAUGAACGAGAAGCUGUCAGCCAAAUACAGGAGGUGUUCGCUUGUUUUGUUGCUCUUGAUCCAACACUGUUCACCCUGAACGUACCAAGAAACCACGAUUUGAUUGCUGGUUUGUCGGAUGCAAAUGAUCAGCGUAAUAUUAUCGAUACAUUAGUGGAUGGCCUUGCUGCUUCCAUAUUGAGUUUGAAACAGUUGCCAGUAAUUCGCUAUCAACGGAAGACUUCAACCUAUUCUUUCUUUGCUCACGUGCAUGCACUGCUGACGUCCUUUGAACCCACCCUCUUUGACUAUGGGCAUGGUACUGGGAGUCUUCAUUUGCUUAUUCUUGAUCGCAAAGAUGACCCGGUCACGCCUUUGCUCUCACAAUGGACAUACCAGGCGAUGGUUCAUGAACUCCUUUGUAUAAAUAAUAACCGUGUACUGUUUUUUGACUCAUGUGGAAAGAGUCAGGAUUUGGUCUUAUCGUCGAGCAACGAUGAAUUUUUCAGUCGCCACAUGCAUUCAAAUUUUGGUGACCUCGGAUUUGCAGUCAAAAAACUUGUUGAUGACUUCCAGAGUAUCUCGAGGUCAAAUAAGAAUCUUGAGUCGAUAGAGGAUAUUCAAAGAUUUGUUGAAAGCUUCCCUGAAUUUCGAGUGCAGUCUGGUGCUGUAUCUAAGCACGUGACUAUCCUGACUGAGGCAAGUCAUGCGAUAUCCUUUGAUAAAAUCAUUUCUUCCAAUGAUCUUCUAGCAGUCUCUCAAGUUGAGCAAGAGGUUGUUUGUGGAUCUGAUCGGUUGUAUGCAUACAACUCAGUGAUGCAACAACUAGUAAACCCACGGGCAAAUUCUUUUGCAUGUCUGAAGCUCGUUCUCCUGUUCAUUCUGAGGUAUGAGACUUCGGGAUGUAAGCAGGUAUGCCUUUUUCACUUCCCCUGGAUCAUAAGAACUAAUUUUUUUGGCAAGGUUAACAACAUGGUGUCCGCACUCCAACAACGCAAUAUCGAAAAUUUGACGACUUUUAUGUGCAGAGACUUGUUUCGAAAUGGGAAUUUUUUCUCUCGGGCCUCCAAACUUGUUGGUGGUUUGAAGGGGGCUGAAAAUGUUUACACACAACAUCAACCCCUCUUAGUGCAGGUGUCAUUUGCAAAGGGAAAAAGUAGAGAUGAAUAUCCAAGUGUGAGCACUGAAUUUGAGCUGCGCGACUCCAAGCCACCACAGCAUCUUUUAGUAUUUAUAAUUGGGGGUGUGACGUACGAGGAAGCAAGAUAUGUUGCUCAAGUAAAUGAGGCAAACCAGGGUUUCCAGGUCACACUUGGAGGAACAUCUAUUCUAAAUUCCAAGAUGUUUGUCAGAGAUCUAACAAAGGCACUUUGCUUCAAGUCAUAA